AUGUCACGGCUUGGGGGGAUGAUGAGGGCUACGCGUCCGAAAAAACUCACCCCCAAGCAGCCGAUACCGAUAUUUCGAGAGGAUCAGAUCGAUCUUACCGAAGAUGAUCCACAAACUACACUACAGUCUAUCGAAACGGGCGUUGAGAAAGCUGAAGAAACUGAAUUCCACUUGCAAGCUGCGAUAAAUGCCACUGCGUUUGGAAAUGCAGCGCAAACACAUAUCCCGACACCGGAAACAGUCCAGAGCGCAGUCCAAUAUGACACGCUCUACCGGCCCAUAUUUUCACAGCCGGCGACGUAUAUUCGGUUCUCGUCGACCGUAGAAGACUGCAGUGGGUGCGGAUAUAACCUUGUUGAGGAGGAUGAUGUCGCUUUAAAGAUAAUGAACCAGAAGCGGGACGCCUCAACACAAUGCACAGAAGACCAGUUCGAGGAAGUGAUGAGCUUCUUCGAAGAGACAGCACAAGCAAAACAGCCUUUUGCUGCUGUCGAUAAUCCUCCUGUAGUAUCAUAUCCGGAAAUGGAGGAGUGUUUCGACGGAAUGAUACAUGAAAAGUUAAGGCCCUUUGUAAGAGAAAUAUAUGAGAGUUGGAAGUCGCGGCGGACAGCAUCAGGGAAUCGGCCCUUGCAACCAACACUAAAGUUUGAGACCGGGCAAGACACUGAUGAUGGUGAUCCAUAUGUUUGCUUCCGCCGUAGAGAGGUCCGGCUCGCUCGAAAAACGCGAGGCCGUGAUGCACAGAGCGCUGAAAAGCUUAGACGCUUAAGAAAAGAGCUAGAAGAUGCCCGGACUCUGAUAGCCAUGGUCCAACAGCGCGAACUGGGGCGAAAGGAAGCGUUCGCAGCUGAAAGGCAGCUGUUCAUGCAGCGUUGUGAGGUAAAGGAAAUGAAACGGAAACUUGGUAUCAAAGAUGAUGACGAGGAUCUCAUCAAUCAGAAGCCAAAGAAGAAGCCCACAGAGGUUCCUGUUAUCCAGAGGCCAAGCGUUCCACAGCUGCGUGUGCCUUCACGCACUACUGGCCAGCUUGGCGAGGAUUUGCAAAUGCUUGAAGAUGUUCAAGCAGAUAAGGAAAAUGACAUUCUGCGAGAAAUUAAGCAGAACGUUGCAAAACAUGCCAAAUGGAACGAAGGUUAUGUAGACAUCACUCGAGCACCACUUACCCCAACAACACCACAAGGAUUCGAGGCUGAAUUCAGGCCGGCAAUAACGCACGAGUACCUGCCUACACCUCCCACUUCUGAGACCUCCGAGCGCAUGCGGGACGUUCACACUAGUCCGCCGUUAGAAACCCAGUGGUCAGCGCUUCGGCAGUCUAGUCCAUCAGAAGAUGAUUCGAGUAGGCCCACGCCAUCGUUCCGGCGGCGGGUAGGCCGUGGCGGCCGUGUUCUCAUUGACCGAAGAAACCUUGCACUCCGUAACAAGGAUGGUGUGGAUCCUUUGAAACUUGAUAGGUUUAAGUAUGAUCGUGACGAUGAUGACAUGGAUAUCGUCUAUGAGAAGGACGAGUUCGAUAUUCAAAUCAUGCAACAUCGCGCGUAUCUGUCGGCCAAAGCGAGGGAUCAAGCCAUAACCCAAGCUCAGCUGCAAGCCCAAGCACAGGCCCACGGUCAGCAAGUUCCCAAUGGUCGGCGGCUACCUGGGGCGCCUCCUACCCCUGGCCAUAAUAAUGUCAAUCCCAACUCAUCAAAUAUAGCACAGAAAGGUUAA